CGUCCGCCCAAAAGCCAGCGGAGCAGGCAGCACAGCGCGCCUCUGCUGCUCUGGUUGCCUCUGCGGUCGGCCGAUCGCCAUCAUGAAAACAUUCGCCCGUCGUUAUCGUUAUUUCGCCUCCGUCCUUGCGGGCUAGCGCGCGGAUUGGAGGUGAUUGGAGGUAGUAUCGCGUCGAGCGCGUCGGGGAAGUCUGGCUCCGCUCGGCACGGCCACGUUACAACGCGAGCCACCGCGACCCACCGAUUCACCACGGCUCGUUGUCCGUCGUCGUCGUCGCCGCCGCCGCCGCCGCCACGGCCACGCACGGGGCCAACACGAGGCGCGAAGGCUGCUGCCCUGGCUGCUGUUCUGUUUCGUCGGUGGUGGUGUCGAUUUCGUGUGCUGCGCGAAGUGCGCCGCGGGAGGAUUAUAAAACGAGGGAGAGAGAGACAGCCAUCGCGACGUGGGAAAGAGACAGGCGAUUCUCUCUCGACAGUCCUAUUGUGAGCGGGGUGUUCGCGGAUCGCGAUAAGAGGAUACGGCCGCCGCCACUUAAAUGCCUCGCACAAAUUCCUACUCCAUGUUGUGCAUCGGUUGCGACACGGCUGCGUGUUGGAAAGUGAGUACAUGGUGACACACGGUUGCAGAGGAGCAAUUGGGAAGAGAGCCGCAGCAAAGGACUACACCUAGUUAUCCUACACCAAGCUGACUGCAACUUUCCACUGUUUCUCAAGGCAGUGAUCGCAACUAGGAUAUAAACAGAAGUUUCCUUGAUUUACGAAGAGUGUACACUAAUAAAAGACGAGUUAUGGAACGAGAGUCUAAUCCUAUGCAAGCUCUGUGUCGCAGUGGCUGUGGAUUUUAUGGCUCGCCAGCUACUGAUGGCCUUUGCUCCCUUUGCUAUAAGGAAAAUCUAAAAAAGAAGCAGCAACCACCAGUGUCAGCUGCCACCGUACCAACCUCACAGACUGUCUCCAGCAACGCUGGCACGUUGCAAAGCAGUUUUGGUAGCCCAGCAGCUACAGGAACGACGGCCCAACCUACCAUUCCUACUAUACCUCAGUCAACGUCGGAUCUACCCAGUCCUAAAGAAGUAAACAGAGAAGAUCAGGAAAAUGAAGUAGGUGUAAGCAGUGCAGUAGCUGAAGGUUCAUCGGCGAGUAGUGGAGAUGUAGAUGAUUCCUUUGAUGGCAAAGAGACUGAUAAAGAAUCUAAGAAGAAGAAAAAUCGUUGUGCUGUAUGUCGCAAAAAAGUUGGUUUGACUGGAUUUGAGUGUCGUUGUGGAGGACUAUUCUGCGCUGUGCAUCGAUACAGUGACAAGCACGAUUGCAAAUUCGAUUACAAAGAAAUGGGCGCUCAAGAAAUUCGGCGCAACAAUCCAGUUGUUGUUGGUGAAAAAGUGCAAAAAAUUUGAACUAUUUAGUGUGUAGUCGUUGGGAAAAUGGUUAUUAUAACUAUAUAAACAAACAGAAUAUAAAAAAAACACGCAGAAAACGAGAUAAAUUAUCUGGCAGCUGAUUCGCACGUCGAGGGGUGAAACGAGCGAGCGUGUAAGAUCGUAAGCGAGUGAGAGAAUGAAUGUGAGUGAGAGCGCGCAAGAGCGACAGUAAAAUUGUUUUGUAGCUGAAUGUUGAGGAAAGGUAGAAAAAUUAAGAAAAGAAAUGAAUAUCAGACAGAACAAAUAAAUGAAGGGUUGCAAAUUAGAAUGCGUGGUGCGCGUGUAUGAUUGAUUCGUAAUUGGAUGCCAGUGCCAUGUAAGUUUCAGAUUGUCAUCUAGCGAGAGAAUUUUAAUUGAGAAUAUACCUGGUUACUAAUUGCUGCCAGUUUACUACUAUUAUUACCUAUUAUUAUCUUCAUGAUUAUUACGGUUUAUGAUUAUUCUAUAUUAUGUUUAUUAAUUUACUUAAAUGGAAAAUUCUGCGAAAAAAUGAAGCUCGUUUUACGUAAAGGCAGAACUCUUGGUGCGGUCAGUCGGUCCAGGACGUCUUCUUAGGAGUUUUGGUUUGUUCGAGAAAUUUUAUACAUUGCUGUUUCGUUUAUAUAUAUCAAAAAAUAAAAAAUAGGGAAUGUUGCUUAGGUAAUGGCUGACGUUGAUGGGUGAUCACAAUCUUAGGUUAAUAAUUAGUCUAAUAAUUAUUAAGUAUAUUAGUCUAUUGAUUCAUAAAUAAUGCAAUGAAGUAUAAGUAGUACUGUGUGUUUAUGUCCAAUUUCACGUGAAUAUAACCAGCAAUUAUUACUCAUUAAAUAUGUUUCAACCUAUAUUGCAAAUAAUUAUUUACACUACGGCCGCCAAUCUGGGAUUUGUAAAUUAUAAACCCCUCUUUAACGUAUUUCUUCGAUUUCUCUUAGAAUAUAAAUGAAUUGUUAAUGGUUGAAGUCGAUUAGUUUAUACUCGUUUUCUUUAUUUUUGCUUGUUUUACGAGUUUUGUAGGGUAGCUGCGCGAGGUAUUCCGGUGCUGCACAGCAGCGCAUAAUGUACGAAUAAAUGAUGAUUAAUAAAAUGUCUAGAGAGAGGCCGGGCAUUAUAUAUGAACGACGAAAGAAGAGAACUAUUAAAGUUUGUAAAGUGUGAACGUAUACUAAAACCGUGCGCGAAGGAUAUUACACUGAUAAAUUUUAUAAUCCACGUACAUACUUCUAUUUUUCUUCUCCGCGCUUAAAACUCGUGCCGAAUUUUAUUUUCUGUUUUUCGCCCGUAAACACUUAUGUAUGUAUGUAAAGUUAUAGCAUACACGAAAAGGGUGCUAUAGCUGUUUAGCUUUGUUAUAUUUCUGUAAAACAAGAUGAGUGAAGACGAUAAAACUGCGCAAACUACGCCUCACGUAUAGGUCAAUUCCUUGAGAGCUUCAUGAGAGUGAGUUUGGGUUUUUGAAGAAAAGAAUAUUAAAAAAAAAACAUUGUGCGAUUUCUCGAUUUCGCGUAAAACAAAGUAGCAAUGUUUUCUUCUAUUUUUUCUUUUUGUUAUUUUAGGACAAAGCGCUUAAUCUAAAUUGUGCUGCCGUGCUUUUAUUUUUCGUUUUGUAAUUAGUGGACUUGUAUAAAUAUCCGCCUAAAAGAAAUUGUUUUUGCGUCGCCUCGAAAGAUGUACAUCAAAUAUCUUAUUAUUUUCGAUAAAUAUAUGAAGCGUUCUGUUAAAUGUGUAAUCGUAAGGUCUAUCAAGCUUUUUAUGUGUUUUUCUUUCUUCAGAUUUGAGUAAUCAAAUGCUCUGCAUUAGUUAUCCCGUAUUAAGUUACCAAAUAUACUUCACGUGUCGCCGCCGAAAGUACUCCAGCCGCGAACGAUUUUCUCCUCGGAUACACCAUCGUCGCAGCUGAGAGUUUCCAGAAAAUUUUUGCGACUUAACGAUAUCUAGAAAUUAAGGCAAUCGAAAAAGACUAUACUUUCGGUAUAAUCAUGAAUAAUUCGGGCACGAUUUCUCCGCGAUCUUUACGGAACGACUUAUAUGCGCCGACUUCACAUAGACAAUAUAUACAUAUAUAUACACACACAUAUAUAUAUAUAUAUACAUAUAUUUUAUCUUGUAUCAAGAUAUUGUUGUCGAUGAAUCUGUUCUUUUUUCCUUUUUGGCGCACCUUUUUAAGAACGCUGAUGAGAGAAAUCAGAAUCGUGUAUAGAAAAAAAAAAAAAACGCACACCACGUAACACACGUAAUACACAUUUACAUUUACACAUUACAAUACAUACAUACACAGACACCGAUUAUCAGUAAUAUCGACGGAAUGGUUGCCUUCAGGCCUUCAUCCUAUUUUAGGCAUAGCAUAUUUUUCUAACGUGUAUCGCAAUAUCGGAAUAAUCUUGCCUAGCGAGAGCGAUCGAAUGACCGAGAGAAGAGAAAGAGGAAGAGAGUGAUUGAAGGAAUGCGUAUGUGAAAAGUAGAAUUGCCUGGGAGAAUGAGGCAGAGGAAUGCGUGCGGGAACAUAAAUGAUUUAUAGGAGAGACGAGAGAAAGAGAGAAAUUGAGAGGAAAAAAAAAAAAAGAGCGAGAGAGAAACAAAAAAGAAGUUUAUCAGCGAUGAUCGUACUCGGCUGACUAUAUAAGGACGUAACACGAUGCUUGUAAUUAUUACGAUUGAUAUUAGUACGUUUAAGCUAUUAAAAAAGUAACAUCAACUUUAAUAUAUAUAUAUUAUAUGAUUACAAUUACCAUCCUCUUUAAAAUGCUUUAGACAUUUAGGUUUCACGUACGUAAAAAAAAAAAAAAAACAGUUAGUGUGCUAUACGCUUUUUCCCUCUUUCCCUCCUUAUUCCUCCACCAUGUCUCGUCCUCUUUCUUCCCAGGCCCUCACGGACCCUUUUGACAGUUCUUGAAACGUUUAUAAUUAUAGCGGACUAUAUUUAUGUAUAUUUAAAAA